AUGCCUUCUUACAGCAAACGUUACCAGAAGCCCAAAAGACUUUUACCUGAUCUCAGCACUCGUCCUUAUGUAUUGAAGUUCUUUCCGAAAGAGCUAUGGUCUACAUUAGAUCCAAAAAGACAGAACCCGGCAUGGACCACUCUUGGACCUCUGCUUCCUGAUCCACCAGGUGCCAACACCAAUGCCAAAGGCAAGCGGAAAGCCGAGGUGAUGCCGACACAGAAUGUACCCGGUAAACGAAGACAUGUUGGUACAUCCUCAGACGACGAUGACGACGUUAUCCUUGCUUCAGAUCGCCGGAAAAGAGCUCAGAAACUGGGCAAUGAUGUGCCAAAUAGUGCUGGUCAACGGAAAGGUCUUGAAGCUGAGGAUGAAUAUGGUCAAGAUGCCGAACAGCCCAACGAGGACGAUCAGGAUGGAGAAGAAGUGGUAGAAGAUUCUGCUUUUGAAGAAUCUGACGAUGGUGCAGGUGAUGACUACAACGCCGAAAACUACUUCGAUGCGGGAGAAGAGGACGACUUUGACGAUGGCGGUGGAGAUGAUGAAGGUGGCACGUUUCUGGGUUGA